CAUUCCAGCAGCAGCUGUGGUUGUGGGAGGGCCUGGGAGGGUGGGUCGACUCUUCUUUCUUGAUUAAGUGGUGAAGGAUGGGUGUUGACUGGGAGUACCUCCGUAGGGUUACUGGGGAUUCGGAGGACAUGGGUGAAGCUGAAUUGGAGAAGCUGUAUCAGACUCUCGUGGGGAUUACAAAGCUGGAAGAUCAAGAUAGGACUGUUAAAAAGUUGGAAAUGCUGUUUACUCACACCCAGGCGGUGAUGAUGGCUAAAUAUUCACAGGUUGAAGUGAUGGAGGAAGAGCUUCGCCAUCUUGCAGAGUCAGUUGGGCGGGGAGAUGCCAAACGUGAGAAGGAGCUCCAGAGAGAGAUUGUACGUUUACGAUCCAUUGUUGAAAAUGGAAAGGCCACAACCAGUGAUGAAGAUGUUGCAUAUGAUUGGUCAAGUGGAUGGCGUCUGAAAAAAAAAGAAAUGGAGGAAGAGCUUCAUCAGAAAAGUUGGGAGAUACUACACUUCAUGGAUAAUUUGCAAGCCUGUGAAAAUCAGCGGGCCUAUCUUCAGUCAUCUGCACUUGAGCUAGAAGAUCGCUUAACUGAAGCCACAAAGGAAAUAAACAGCAUCACUGCAGAUUACUUGGCUCUGAAGGAGUCCCACAGUCAUGCUCAAGAGAGUCUGGCAGCAGCACGAGAAGAGAUAGAAGGGUUAAGGAGUUGCAUAGAAGAAAUGACUGUUGAUAAAUCUCGUAUACAGCAGAAUUUUGAUGAACUUAGUACUGCUGUGGAUUCCAAAGUUGAUCAGUUGAAGGAAGUUGUGAGUGAGCGUGAAGAGCAACUUCAGAGACUGAGGGCCAUGUUGUUGCAAAGAUCCAAUGUACCUCCUGGUUAUACACAACACACUCAAGAUUACGUAACACAGAUCUCACGGCUAGAACAGGAAGUGAAAGAAAGGGAGGCUGAGAUUGCACGCCUUGGGGAACAGCUAACCCAAGCAUCAAGAGAAAUUGAGUCAAGUGCUUUAUUAAUUACUAAGCUAAAGAAUAUGAGAGUUUCAGCAGCGGAGGGAGAAACUGGUGUUGUGAAUCAGCUGCGUGGAGAGCUUCACGAGGCUCGGCAGCACAUGCAACGGAUGCGGACCCAGCUUUUAGCAGCAGAGGAAGAUGCACAGCUUCAUGCACAGGAUCUUUCAACAGUAAUUGGAGAAUUGCAGUCAUAUAUGGCAGGAGAAUUUUCUUUAGCCGAUGCUGUAAGAGAACUGAAAGAAGUACGGAGCCAGGUUCGGAUCAGAGACUCCCAGAUCACACAGUUGACAUCGCUUGUCAAUAGUCUGCAGAUUAAUAUUAAUGACCUCAUUGAAGAAAAUGGUGUACUCAGAGAACAGCUGAAGCUCGAGCCUCGUGAAGAUAUUGACCUGCCUGGUGUGAACAAAACAAACUGGCAGAACAGUAAACAAAUCAUAGAACGUCUGACCAAUCAGGUCAACAAGUUACAGGACGAGAAAGUCAUGCUUCGCACAAAGAUAUAUGAAUUGACACGAGAAGUAUCCAAUACUAAGGGCUCUCUUCAGUUAACAACUUUGGAGCUACCUAAAGGCUUGAUAUCAGGUGAUUGUUCAAGGUUUGAAACACAGUCCUUAAAUGAACAGCUUAACCAACUUAGUGCUGCUGUUAAUCAACUUGUUGAAGAACGUGCACAGCCUAAAGAAAACAACUUACAGUCACAGCUAGAAGAACUUAAAGAAAAGUGCUCCAGAUUGGAAGGAGAAAAGGCGUCACUGGAAAGAAUAAUUCAAAGUGAUUUUGUGAAGACUAAAAAGGCUCCUGAUAGGGACAAAAGUUCUGAGAGUAACUCCAGUGAACCCAGCAGUAAGAAAUCAAAGCAGAUGCCCCAUCAACCCACCAAAUCUUCAUUGGAAGCAAUAGAUGAGCUAAUUGCAGCUUUAGGUCAUCUUCCACCUUCAGCUGAAGAAAUUAUUGCUAAACUCAAGAGUCAAGUAAAUUUCUUGAUUCAAGAGUGCAGUAGAAGAGAAGAGGAGAUCAGUGACAGAGAGAGAACGUCUCUUAUAUACAAUAAUCAGUUUGAAAGUCUUCGGACCCAAGUAUCGGAUCUUAAUGCAGUGCUUGCUGGUGAGCAGGAGAAGUGGUUAUCAGACAAAAGGGAACUAGAAAAGAAAGCGUCUCUUCUUGAGGAUGAAGUAGCAGUUUUGAAAGCACAAACGGAAGAGUUACAAUUAACUCUUGGCACAAUUUCUUCUAGUCGCUCGGAUGUGGAUGAAAAGCUAUCAAGGAGAUCAGCUGAACUACGGUAUGAUUUAGAAAUUUCCAAACAACUUAUUAGAAACCAAAGGCGUGAUAUAAGCUCCCUUCAUGAGCAGCUGAAGGAUAGACUUGAAGCACUUCAUGAGAGCUUACUUCAGGAAAAGCGGCUCAAGCAUGAAAAGCAACAUGAACAGCAGAUUCUGAAACAUAGGAUUCAUAAACUUGAAGGAGAGUUGAGUCAGAGUGUUCCAAGAACUGCAGCAGAUCAAACAUCUGGACAUUUGGCUGCCAUCACAGCCAAAUAUCGUUCUCUUUUGCAAGCUCAGUCCCUCAUGAUGCAGGAGAAGAAGGAAGGAUUAGAGCAUGUAGCAGAGAAACAGCGCCUUCUGGAGGAACGGGAACAGUUGAGCCAAAUGUUAGAGAGCGCGCGGGAGAAAGUAUAUUCUCUCCAAGCUUCUCUAAAUUUAGUUGGGGCUAAUACUACUCACGUUCAGGUGGAAGUCUUGUCCAAACAACUAGCAUCCAUUGAACUUCGUGAGUUAAGGGAAAAGCAGAAGGCUGAACAUGCUGUCAUCAUGUAUCAAAAUAUGAAAAGGGAAUGCGAGGAGUUGCAGCAUCGGGUGCAGGAGCUACAAAACAUUGUUGAUGCAACUUCCAAGAUGAACUUGCUAUUGCAGACCACCGAGACUGAGUUACGACAACAACUUCAAGGGGCCAUUAUGCAGGAGGAGUAUGCCCAAACCACGAAGCAAAUUCAGCAGCUUACUGAUGAAAAGGUGCAGUUAUCAUCAGAUAUAAAGCGUCUACAAGCUCUAGUAGACGUGUUGAGUACCCAGAUAAAACAGAAACAAAUGGUUGAAUCUAUGACUCAAGCUGAAGUGGAUCAAUUAAGAAAAGAAAAUCAGGACCUUGCUGCAAUAAGUGAUGAGCGCACUAAAAUAGGCUUACUACAUCAAGAGAUUAUCUUUCUAAAGGUCAAGAAUUUGGAACUGAUUGCUGAAUUAGAUGAGACAAAAUCUGAGAGAGAAAAGCAAAUAAUAGAAAUGUCAAGAUUGAGUCAACAGUUACGUGAUAGAGAGCGACUUCUAGAAACUUCAGCAGAUACUAGUCGUGCAAGAGCUACAAGAUUAUAUAUCAUCAUCAGGGAUCUAAGACAGCAGUAUACAGGAGCUGUGCCCCUCUCACAACAGGAGCGACACGUAGAGCUUAUGGAAUCAUUAAGGCAAGAUAGGAAUGCAUUACAGGUGGCACUUCAGAGUGCCCAGCAUGACAAGAUGGAGUCUAAAAUUGCUCUAAGGCAACUGAAAGUAAAGCAAGAGGCUCUAGAUGACUUGAAGAUGGCACUUUCUUCUCCCAAAUCAUCUACACAUGUUACUAAUUGGGGCAGUAAGCUUGAGGAAUCCAGACUCAAGAUUGUUGAAUUAGAGGAAAAGGUUCAAUCACUUGAUGAGAAUCUAGCCUUAAGUCAAGCACGAUUAGAAAAUAAAGAGAGGAGAAUAGGAGAGUUACAGACACAGCUUAUUGGACUGGAGAAACAAUGGGUAGAUGAGCAGCUGUUGUGGGAUGAAAGAGAAGCCGAGUUAACUAAUGCCCUUGAGAAACAUGAGUUAAGGCUUAAAGGUGCAGUCUUGGACUUGGAUACUCUAAACAUUCAUGACGUUCCUGAUGACUCGCUCACUAUAUCAAAACGACUCGAGCAGACACAAGAUCUGUUGCGCAAUAAAGUGACAUUAUUGGAAAGAGCUGAAAGAGAAAUAGAAAAAUAUAGAAAUGAGGCUCAAACUAUCCAAGAGAGUUUAAGAGAAAAGGAAAUAGCAGUUCUAGCCAGAGAUAAAAUCAUUAAUGAAAUGAAAAUAAUGGGGAGCAAUUUCAAAGGUUCACCAAUUCUGUCAGAGGCAGCACAAGAUUUAACAGAUAAAGAGCAACCCAAGUUAGUGACACCUGAAGAAGAAAGUAUAAAGGUUAUGAUUGAUGGCUUAAAGGAGCGUCUACGUAUGAGUCACGAUACAGUAAAUCACUACCAAGAUCUGUUAGCUAAAGCACAUGAAGAGAAACUAAAUCUUUGUGCUCAAAAUAAGGAUGAAUUAAUCCAGUUAACUCAAGAACGUGAAGCGGCAUUUUCAAAAGUACGUGAAUUGCAGUCCCAGCUGGACUGUAUUCCAACACGUGAUCAUAGUUCAAGAGCAUUAACUGAAGCUCAAGCAGUACAAAUUCAGAAUUUAGAAGAAACUACCAAAAGAAUUGAAAUGCAGUUAGUUCAGACCAAAAGUCAGUUAGCUGCAGCUGAAAGAAAGGCAGCACAGUUAGAACAUGAUUUAGCAAUUGCUCAUCGUGAACAUGCAGAAGAAAAAGAACACUUGGAAGUCUCUAGUCAAGUGCGUGUACAACAGCAUCAACGUGAGGUAGAUAGACUUAAUGCAGAGUUGUAUAAAGCACGUUAUGAAAGAGAUGAGCUAUGUAAGGAGGCAGCCCUUCUUAAAGAAUCUGCCAGUCGUACACCAUCUGUCAUCUUGCGAACUUUGGUAGAAAAAUUGCGUGAUCAACUAAUUGAAAAGGACAAACAGGUCUCUAGACUUAACAUUGCUGUGCAAGACAUGAAGAAGAAGAUAUCUGAGAACAAAGUGACAAACGAAGAGAUGGACCAAGCCAUUAUUGAAAAGGAAGUUUCUCAAGCCACCAGCAGGCUCAGUGAAUCAUUCAGAACAGAACUUGACAAACUUACAGCUGCCAAAGAUAAACUAGAACAAAAACUGCAUGAACAAAAUAUUUCAUCAAUUGCAGCAAAAGAAAAGAAUAAUGCAGAAAUAGAAACUCUGAAUGAGGAACUAAAGAGCUUAAAAGCAGGAAAUCUGAAAAUUGAAAGGCAGAUGCUUCAACAAAAAAAUGUUAAUAAUGCUCUUAAACAGAAACUUGAAGAUUUAGAAGGAAAAUCACCUGUAGCAAUAGCCAGAGCAAUUGAGAACCUACAAGUAAAGUUAAAAAAAAUUGAUGGUACUCAGGAAAUAGAAGAGAGUGAAACUCGUAAAGCCAAGAGUCAAGAAAGACUUGUAAGGUGGGAUGAGAGAAAGAAACUCCAAGGUAUUAUUGAUAAAUUAAAAGCAAAAGUGAAGGAUCUGGAAAUGGCACAUAGUGUAAACAUGAAAAAGCUAGAGACAAGUCAAGAUCUUUUGAGCAGAGUUGAAAAAGAAAAGCUGUCAUUGCAAUUUAAGCUGAAUAGUUUAAGUAAGGUUUCCACUGAAAGAAUGUGUGGUGUAUGUCUGAAAACUCUAAAUCCAAUGGAAAGAGGAACUGGAACCCUUAAUCAAGAAAGAUCUUCACCUGCGCAUGGUACUCAGUCUCCCAGUAAGUUUACAAGGAAAAGCAGAAUUAGUCCUUCUCCAGAAAGGACUCUUGUUAAGGUAGAAGUAGGUGAUACUCAAGGAUAUGAACCAAAGAAUCAGUCAUUGCCAGGACCGCAGUGUGAAAAAGAUGACAGUGAGGUAAGGUUUAGAAUUCAACUGAAAAAAGCUUUAGAGGAGAAGCAUAGCCUUGAAAUUAGACUUAAAAGUGCUUUAGAAGAAGUUGCUGCUCUGAGAAAUUGUGUACAAGAGAAAGAGGAAGAGGAAGAAAGACUAGUUGCUGCAAAGAGAAGUCCAGUGGCCCGACGUUUAGGUGGAGCAGCAGUGGUACUUGAGUAUGAAUCUCGGAUAAGAACUCUAGAAGAAGAUUUGCGACAGAAAACGCGUCUUCUUGGUCAUGUAAAGCAAGUGGUCUGUGAAGCAGCUGCUAGAGAAGAAACCUUAUUAGAAGAAAAAGGAACACUUCUUCAGAAAGUUGCUCUUUUAGAAAGUGUUACAGAGGAUACUCCUGCUGCACGUCUUGUUCAUGAAUUAAGGCAGGCUAAGCUCACAGUCACAAGACUCCAAAGACUACUUGAUCAAAUUCAAGGUAACUCUUAAUACUUUUAUUCAGUAAAUUUUUCUCUAGAUUAGAUGGCGAGUUAGACUGGAAAGGAUUGGUUUUAUUAAAUACAAAAUAAUUUUAAAUAUUUCUGAAUUACAGUACAGUAGACUGUAUGUUUGAAAAAGUUUUAAUUUAUUGCACAAAUCUCAGAAUGUUGUACAAGGAGACUGGUAAUGAGUGAAUGGGAGUAUUAAAGGUAAACUUGUGAAAGUGCUGACUGGUGAAUGUAAGUGGAAUUGCAAGUACACCUCUAGCUGUGCUCAAGAAUGAACUUGACAAAUAUCUGUACAUGAUUUACUGCAUCAGACUGCUAGUUGUGAGGACCAAUAGCCUAAUUCGCUUGGCUAAACCAUGACUGGUUAGGUACCUGGCCUGUGGGAACACGGAUCCCUUGAACUAUUACCAGGUAGGCUUAAUGUGAGUAAUUGGAGAAUGGCAAAUUUUAGCAAAUUGCUCCCUUUUAGCAGAAAGGGAGAUUUUAUUUUCCUGAAUUUACCUGAGGGCCACUAUACUCUAGUGGCCUUGAUGAGGACAAGAAGCUGGCAGCUUGUCAAAGGUCUCCCCCAUUUGUCCUGAUGAUUUUUUCAAGCUGGAGUUUUGGCAUUUA